GAGUUGGCUUCGCGACAAGAUAGCAGGACUUCGUCUACCUAAACCAUCAGCACCCGCCAUGUCACGCUAAAAUGAUCAAAGCACCGAGAAAGAGAAAGUGAAAUCUUGGCCCUUCUUUCGUGUUCUGAAUAAGUGGCAUGGCUCAAAAAUAUGAAGAAGUGGCUAUGAUUGGAAAUGGAGCUUACGGGACCGUCUAUAAAGCCCGCGAUCUUCAAAACGAAGGACGAUUUGUGGCUCUGAAGAGGGUGAGAAUAAUUGUAAACAGCGAGGAAGGAAUGCCACUCUCUACCAUCCGCGAAAUAGCCCUUCUUAAACAGAUCGACAAUUUCUCUCAUGAGAACAUUGUUAGGUAAGCUAAGCGAUUUGUUUGAUUUCUCUCAAGUGAUCUAAAGUAAUAUUUUAGAGAUCUAGAGUUGCUGCUGUACCCAGUCGUCCCGAAAAUCUUGCGAAACCCUCGACCCUUCCCUAUUACGAUAUUAAUCAAACAAAUAUUUUUAUUUUAUUUUAUUUUUUACUUUACGUACACGAAUUGUUUGAUUAUUUUUACACAGGCUGGCCAAUUAAAACUAACUUCUCGAAAAAAAUGGAAAGAGUUUAAUUUCUGUUCAAUUUAGCUAUAUUGAGACUUUAUUAAAAUGCAUCUUUUGUUUAAUCACUGCAUUCCUCCAGCCAGCAAACCUGCCGUUUUUCAAUACAAAUGUGCUAAGUUCACACAUUGAUUCGCCCGGGGGGCUAUUAGUUAAGAUUGUAUUCAUUUUCGUGAAACACAGUAAGAGAUUAUAAGGGUUUGCUUUACAGGUACCAUGCAAGAAAGUAAUUUGGCUCCGAAUUCUUGUUUAUUCACCACAUAAUUAAGGGCUUUAGCAUUUCAAUAGAGGGCAAUUCAAGCCUUCAAGGAAUAGAUCACUGUCUCUUCGGUUGGAUUUAGAACAAGCUUUUCUUAGUUUGUUUUCCUAACGCUAAAAAGUUUUUCAGAUUUACGAAAAAGUGAUUGAAUAAAACACGAAAAAGACCGGAACUAUUUGGCUGCAGGCAUGUAAGUUUGUUGAUGUCUCUACACCGGAAGUGAAUAACAUUGGUCUAGAGCCUUCGUGAUUGGCUAAACAGUUUCCCGCGACUUGGUAUGGAAAUUUAAACCUCGUUCUCGCGCGAACAAAUGAAGACCGGAAUAUUCGCACUUUUUUUCUUUAAUAAAACGCCGUUUUCAAUGCUUAAAUAUUAAAAACACCUCCUCUGACAUCAAAAUCAAUAGGAUUUACAGAAAGCGAUGUUUAUUUAGCAUUUAUCCCUCCAUUACACCGAAAACACACUGUAUCGACAAGCAGUAUUUACAUUAUCCCGACGUGUCGUGUUUCAGAAAUUGGAUUCGAGAUUGAUAUGUGCUACGACCUUUCAUUGCCUCGCAAUUUUCUUGUAUGAAAAAUGGCAAAGACGUCCAUCGCAUGAUUUGAUUAAGGAUUAAGUUCCCGUUGAGAUUACUACUACUUUUGGGAGUUGUAUCUCCAAGAAUUUCCAAAAGGGAUCGGAAUGACGCAACUUUAGAAACCAGCGAAAAAUUGAUAGACAGCAAGAUGCCUUUCAUGAAGCCCUUGUAAUGCCAUCCUUCGGUAAGUCGUCAAAAUAGUGCCUUGCGGCUCUUAGACAUUUUCCCGAUACAUUAUUUCAUGUGAUCUAAGCCCAGACGGUUUUUUUUGCUCAUUUAUAAGUCCAUUGUUUAAUAUAAACAAAACCGUAAGGAAAACCGUGACCUUAGAGACAUCUAAAAAAGCUAUGUUUUGCGCGCGGCUUAAGGAGUUUAAAACUUGACACACAUCCAUGCCGAAACUUUCGAUGCAAAUUAUUUACAAAUCAGUGACAUUGCUAAUUACAUGUGUAGCAACUUUCUAUUUUACAUUUUGGCGCGAUCACUGAUACAAACUGAGGUACGAUUAAAAUUCGCAAAAUCUUUUUAAUUAAGUUUUUGUUUCAGAUCAGAUGACGUAUAAAUUGGCUUAUUCUUUUUCGUUCAGUCGAUGAUUUGUUUAGACAAAACACAUUGUUGAAAAAGUACAUCAAGCACCCAGUUAACAAUAGAACCCAGCAGAUGACUUUGGCCUUUAGAAAGCUGACGUGAUUUCACUCGCAAAAGUUAAAUUCUUAUGUCUCAUGGGCAAUGACCUUCCAACUUUUAAAUCUUUUAAUCACGCGAAGUAUGAUUUCUAUUUUAGUUAUAACUGAAGAGUGUAUGUAUUUCCACCAAAUUUUUGACCGAUCCGAAUGUGAAUAACCACUUUUGUUAUGUGAGUGUUAAGUUCGUUUUUUUCCAUAUCUUUGCAUAAUUGCUUCUUUUCAUGAGGUCUCAGAAAUGCGAAUUUUAAUUAAAAUGUCCUUUGAAGUCAAAGCCAAGCCUUUUAAACUCAACUCCCAAGGGUGGAUGGAAUGUAAUAUUUAUUCUUAGUGCAACUAAAAGAAAAUAACAUUGACCUCGAGUUUAUGCGGUGUUGGUAUGUCUUGAUGGCUCCACCCCAAUUUUUCUCAAAAUAUAAAUACAAUACAGCAACUGAAUGAGGUGCUGACAUUGGGAAUGGAGUAUUUAGGAUGACAAGCUUCUUUUCUAUGUGCUACAGUACAGGCACAAUACUAUAAGGCUGGAACAAAUUUUGGUUCUUGCUGUACAAUUUAUCUCAUUAAUCACGCAGUUUAAAAUAAGAUGUAUGUUGUCCUUAGUGGGUAGUGAAAAAUACAUUUUUGGUUACAGAUUAGACAGAAUGGUCACUUUUUUUUCUUUAGACCAUACCAUUUUAUUUUAAGAAUAUUGUGUUUUGUUCUGCCCAGUAGCCUUUUCUCAAAGCAAUCCUCCUCCUUCUACUAUAAAGACACAGCAGGAUCAAAAGUAUUCCUCAACAAAUAAGAAAGAAACAAGAGAAACAAGAGAUUGUAGUUUUCUCUGCAAGUAAUGUUGUUUCCUCCUUCUGUGAAUGGUGUAAAUUUAAAGAGAUUAAACCAAAUUUAGUACAGUUAAACCCCACUUUACGGGCAACAACAUAAAAUGGACACCUCAUUCUUAUGAACAGUUUGCUUUUUCCCUGGGAGAAGAACGCCUUUACAGUUGUACCUUUUCUCUAAAUUCACCCCGCUUAAUACGGAAACCAUUUUGUAUGGCCUCCUUAGUGUCCAUAUUAAGGGAGUUUGAUUGUACUACUAAACCAUGUUUGUAAGUAAACAUUCAGUUAAGAAGUUUAUCAAUUUAUCAAUACUACGAGUGUAGUAAUUCUAAUAAUAACCUGUCUAGCAACCCUCAGAUAAGAUGCACCUAAGAACUAUAGUUUAACAGCCUUAGCACCUAUGGUAUACCAUCUGGGACCUGUUGGCGGAAUAACACCCAACGUCAGACUGCGUAUCAAACACCUGGUGUUAAAAUACAUGUAUAGAGCUUGACUGGAUGGAUGUUUUAUGUUCAACUCCUCCCGGGAGAACUCAGUAUUUUUGCGAGUUGCCUCUGACUGGGUAAAUAACCUUGCCAGGCUAUGAAGUUCAUUUAGGGUACUAGCCUUCAAAUCUAGAGUUCCCAGCUCCCUGCUCUGAUCAUAACCUGGAGUUGUUUGUGAGUAGUUAUUCUGAGAUAACCUACACCAUGUUUGUAAAUAUAAACCCACCGGGUUAUUUUCCCACCAGCUGGGAUUUUUAACUUCUCACGUUCCAGUGAAAAUAUUAAUUGUUUACACUGUUAUGUUUAUUAUCUAGAAAAGCUCCUUAAGGGGUAAUUUAAGCUUUCCUAUUUACACUUUUUUUGUAGUUUUAAAUCUCAGCAGGAAAUAGUGAACUGAUUUUUUUUGCUCUGAUCGUGAAGACAGCCAGUGUGUGCCUCCAACACACAGCACUCCUAAAUCUAACAGAAACAUCAAUGAUAAAAUAACGUGAUUCUCUUUGUCAAAGAGUAAAAAAAAAAAUUCCAUAAUUUCAAAUCCAACCCUGAUGCUUUGGAUGACUACAGCUGUAAAUGCAAUAUGCUUUACUCAACUUAGUACAUCAAGUCAACUAGAUGUUUUGAUUUCAUAAUUAUGUAUCAUAAGGAAGUGCUCUCCAGUUUCCUUGAUUAGCUCAGCUGGAUUUAGUUCUGCAUGCAAUCAAUAAAUAAACCCUCUUCAACUAUAUUUACACAUGAUGGUGUUUUUUAAAGCAGUUGUCAAACUGAAACUUCAGGAUGUCUCUCGCAAACACUGAGUCAAAGCUCAGUGUGGAAAGACAUUUUGAUAAGCAGACAAUGAGCUCGUCACUUAAUAUGGCUGCCUUGACAAAACCCUAUAUGAACUCUCCACUCCCAAAAACAAUUUCCAUAAGUGACCAGCUCCACCAUGGACUCUUUCUUUGCUUGCUGAGGGUUUCUGAGCUGACUGCAUGUAUUUUAAUUUUGGCUCCUUCCAGGAUUAAGGGGAUUAUGUGAUAAAAUUCCUUGUUUCCUUUCUGAGAUUGAAUUGCUCUUCCAUAAAACAGGAAACUGCUGACAAAAGUGAAAACUACGGGCACGUUUGAAAGGUUCAAUUUUUUUCCUGUUACUAUAGGUUACUAGAUGUAUUCCACACCAAAUCACCAUCACGCCCUGAUGAGACCCAUUUAACUUUGGUAUUUGAACACAUUGAGCAAGACCUGAAUGCAUAUCUUGAACAUUGCCCUCAACCUGGCCUACCAGAGUGGAAAAUCAAGGUAUGGGGAUUAUAACAAAAUCUAACAAGUAAAGUUCUUAUCCCUGCUUAUCCUCAGUGUGCAGAGGCCCUUUGGUCUGCUUAUCUAAGAAGAUUGUAAGGGCCUCUGCUUGGGAAAAUUCCUGUGCACGGUACAACCAGUGAAGUUCCCUUCUUUUUUUCCUUAAAAUCAAAACCUCAAAUCUUCUUUUUUGGUAAUUUACCACUGUAUCAGGGUUCGUACAAAAAAUUGCAACCAUUUUUCAAGGACUUUUCAAGGACCACCUACUAGGAAAUUAAAAGUUCAAAGAUUGUACAAAAAUGCACAUUCCCAGUCUACUCUAAUAAGGCUUUAAGGCUUGAACUGUUUGCUUCACCAACUUCUCUACAUUUUUCAGUUCACUUGUCUUAAAUUGAUAGUUAAACAUGAAACAUUGAGGACUUUAUGUAAAUAACCUUGAAAUUCUCUGAGCUAUAAUUUAUAUUGUCUUGGACAACCAAAAAGCAUCAACAAACACUUUUGAGGCCACUACAUUCAAAGUUGAAGAAAAUUCAAGGACGUUUUAAGAACUUGCACAGGAAUUUAAGGAUCUUUUAAGGAAAAAGGGAAUUCAAGGACUUUUCAAGGACUUCCCCUAAAAUUCAAGGACUUUUCGAGACUAUUUUUGAACCCUGUGUAUGUGUAGGGAGCUUAACCAACCACAAUGACGAUGACAACAAAAAUGUCACCAAAAAAAAGCUUUGCACAUGCAUCACAUUAAUAAAUAUUGAAAGACGACAAAUUGUUCUUUCAUGAUGGUUCCAUCGUUGUGCUUACUAAUAAUGUGUGCUCUCCAAUGACUCUACUUCCACGACAGCUUGAAAAAGCAAUAAACUUUGGGGUGUGGUCAUUGAUGGGUACAGACCAAGCCACAAAUAUCAUUGCUAUCAUAACAGUGUGUAUUGUGAUAAAGAGACUCAAAAUUAAUGGAAUACCCCCAUUAAUGUGUUUUCUGGGCACUCUUCAUGGGGUGAAUACACUGUAAACUACAGUCUGAUCAAGCUGCUUUUAAAACACCUUUUACUUGUGAUAGGAUAUUACACAUCAGCUCUUAAAUGGUAUAGACUUCUUGCAUUCCCAUCGGAUAGUCCAUCGAGACCUGAAGCCACAGAAUAUCCUGAUCUCCAAAACUGGUCAAGUGAAGAUCGCUGACUUUGGAUUGGCAAGAAUUUACAGAGAUGCCAUGGCUUUGACAUCAGUGGUGAGUGACUCAGUCAGGCACACUUCUACCGAGACUCUUGUUAUUUUUACUGUUAUCCUUUUGUUUUACCUGUAUGGGGUUAAAUACAUAACAGAUGUUAGUACAAUAAUUAUUGUUAGAAGCCUUUUAUUCUUACUGGGGGAAGGGCGGGGGUUUUCUCAUUUUUACUUUCCAUGUUGUUUUUGUUUGUGUUGUUUGUUUUUUUCUGUGUUUUUUUUUGGUAGAGGAUUUGGGUGUGUUAGAUGUUUGAUUGUUGUGGUUUGGCGGGGGGUGGGGGGGGGUGGGGGGGGGGGGGGGGGGGGGGGGGGGGGGGGGGGGGUGCACUCCGGGGAAUUCUUGGUGGGGGUGUGCCACCCAGUCCUCCAAAUCCUGACCCAGUAUUUCAGACUAAAAAAUGUAAUUUUCCACACCCAUUUUCAGACCUGGCCCCGGUUGUUCAAAUAUUGGAUAGCCAGUGGAUAAGUAAUGGGGAAAAUAAUAGCACUAUCCACUGGAUAGAGAUUUAUCUGCUGGAUAGCGCUAUGCCGCCUUUGAACUACUGAGGCCUGGCCUUUAGCAGAUUAAAUUAUGUUAUCAUUUCUUACAUUAGAGUGCAAACACAAAAAUUCUUCAAAUCCAAUUGGAAUUUGCAUAUUUCUCUUUCUUUCUUACUCAUUUGGAAUUGAAAUGAUAAAUACGUUCAUAUGCUCCCAUAGUUUCCUCAAAAACCAUACCUGAUUCCAGACGAAAAUGGGCAAAGUGUAUACCCGUUUUCAGACCAAAACGGCGCAAAAACCCUACCUGAUUCAGCAGCACAUACCUAUAUAGCUUAUAUAAGGGAGUACCCACCGGGCUUUCUUAGCACAAAUUAUAUCCUGUGGUGUUACCAUUCAAAAAAAUCUCUUAACUGAGAUUUUGCAAAGGUACUAUUUAUUUCUUUGGAUUUCACAAUGAGAUUCCCUCAAUUAAGUACAUUUAUCAAUAUAUUCCUAAGGGAAAUGCAUGGAUAUCAGUGUGGGUUGUUUGGGAAUUAAAGGUUAAAGAAGCAUGUUUGCUUAUGUUUAAGGUUGUGACAUUGUGGUACAGAGCUCCUGAAGUGCUUCUUCAUUCCAGUUAUGCCACAGCUGUGGAUAUUUGGAGCAUUGGGUGUAUCAUGGCUGAACUUUAUAACAGAAAACCAUUGUUUGAGGGAAAAUCAGAAGUGGAUCAACUCAACAGAAUUUUUAGGUGA